AACAACAUGCAAAAUCAAAGUUUUGUUACACAAUUCAUCUUGGAAGGAUUCCAGGGUCACCUGCACCUACAGCUGGGCCUAUCUUUCCUCUUUGCACUGCUGUAUGUGAUCACUUUGCUGGGGAAUAUAGGAAUGAUCACCAUCAUCACAGUGGACACCCAACUACAGAAUCCCAUGUAUUUCUUUCUGAAGAACCUAGCCUUCCUGGAUGUCUGCUACUCUUCAGUAAUCACUCCAAAAGCCAUGCUGAUUUGUUCAAGUGGAAGCCAAACCAUUUCCUACAAUGAGUGUGCCAUGCAAAUGUUCUUCUUCUCUCUCUUUGGGACAACUGAAUGUUUUUUCCUAGCUGUGAUGGCAUAUGACCGGUUCAUGGCAAUAUGUAGCCCGUUGCUUUAUACUGUCACCAUGUCCAAGAAGACCUGUUCACUUCUGGUAGCAGUUUCAUAUUUCUUUGGCUUCCUCAAUUGUUGCACCCAGACAGGUCUUACAUUCAGCUUGUCCUAUUGUGAACCAGGGAAAAUCAAGCACUUUUUUUGUGAUGUCCCAGCUGUCAUGAAGGCAUCUUGCUCAGAAACAUUUGUAAAUGAAAUUGUGCUUCUAGCAGUGUGCGGUUUUAUCAUAGUAAUAACAGCAACCAUUGUUCUAAUCUCUUAUGGCUACAUUGUCACCACAAUCUUAGGCAUGUCAUCUGUGGAGGGUAGACAUAAAGCUUUCUCAACUUGUACUUCUCAUAUCAUGGCUGUAAGCUUGUUCUUUGGCACAGCUUUCUUUAUGUAUGGCCAGCCUGGGGCCAUUUCAUCUCCUAAUCAAAGCAAGGUUGUGUCCAUUUUCUACACUAUUGUUAUCCCCAUGUUGAACCCAUUAAUCUACAGCCUAAGGAACAAGGAAGUCAAAGAUGCUGUGGGGAGGCAGCUGAAAAGGAUGGCUUCCUUCCUCUGA